UUCGUUUUCGUUCGCGCCUUUCUGUGUCGUGCGCGUUUGUUUUGCGUAGCUCGCGUGCUGCCAUUAGUGACUCGCACCCUUAUCUUACAGUGAUGCCAGAGUGCGACUUGUGUAAGCCUGUGUUUCUCGACGACUGUGCAACAGCGUAGUUACCUGCCCCAAUCUUCGACUUAGGCAACAUGAGUGGAAACUGCAGUUCCGCACCCGAAGCUAUCGAGCUUGCAUGUAAGUUGCUGUCUCACAUCAGUAUCAACGACAAAACGGUAGAGAUCCAGAGGAUCGUAAACUUACCCCCCGACGCCAGCCUUUGCAGCUCGGAUUCCUCUUUGUACUGCCACUUCGUAACUGCUCUGCUUGACAACCUGAGCGCGAAUACGUUGCGAAACUCCGUGGAAGACGGUGCUUUUGAUGCGGUCGUCCUGCGCUGCCCACCCGAUGACCUGCUUCUCGUGUUGGCGUCCGCUCUUCAGCGCUACGACAAGAGCUUCAGACGCGACAAGGUGGUCUCGCUUCUCGACAAGUUUGUGCGUGGCGAUCACCUGCGCAGGUUGCUAGUAGGACAGUGUCACCGAAACGUCGCCGGCUACUCCGACGAAUGGUCGUGUUCGGCGCUCACCACGCUGGUGUCGUUGCCCGAACGGAUCGCCAACGUUCGUGACCAGUCUAUUCCGAGCUGCUUGACAAGGAACUCUUACUUCGUGUUCCUGUUCGACAGCAUCCUCGGCGCCUUGAGCCAUGCCCGCGAUGAACUAGACCACGGUGUUGACGUUCAUGUGGAGUUCUUCAGCCGGCUUCUUGGCCGAGUGUGUCUCGUUGGACAGUCGGAACUUCUCGCGAAGCACCUCGUUCCAAAGCUCGUGCGCCGUUGCGAGAACGAUUUCAUUUUCCGGCGCGUCUGCGCCAAAGUUGUCACCUCUGUACUAGACGAUUGCAUGGAGAGUGUGGUUAUUGUGCUGCUUUCCGCUCUUCGCGACUAUAAGCAGGUCGACUGGUUUUUAGCCGAUUCAGUGUGCACAAACAGCAGACUCAGGUUUUUUCUUACCAAGAAACUGCCGCUGGCGAAAACGUUUAGCAGAGCACUCGUGCUUCAGAACCUCAUCGGGUACCUUGCGUCAUCAGAAAGGAGGAGGCCCAUAUUCUACGACCUCCUAAGUGGAGUCUUCGAUGUUUGGGGAGACAAGACAUUAAUGAAGUAUCAAAGUGAGCAGGAACAGAAGUAUCUUACGAGUGCACUGAUGAUAUCUCUUGGACACCUGAAGGUGACCGGCGUUGACAAAACCACCGCUGACGGCCUUUUGUCUAAGCUCCUGCAUGGUGUACAGAGCCAUAUUUCAUCGCCAGACGAAUGGGUACGAUUGUACGGCAUGGUUACGGCUGAGCAGUUUGCCCCUGUACUUCAGCCGGAUGGUCCGAAACUUAACUUCGAAUACAAACCAGACGACGAUAUUAACUACCUGCUGUCGCUUACGGACAUCACCGUAAUGUCACCAGACCCUGACGAAGCAAGUACAGAGGCACCUGACAACAUGGAAGAAGAAACAGAAAAGGCUAAAGUGGCCAAUACUGACAAUGAGCCCAUUGAACUGGACAGUGAUGACGAUCUCGAGCCGUUCGACAUGUCGCACGACACACCGCACGGUGUGAAAAAGCCCGUGUACCUACGUGACUGCAUGGAGGGCCUCCUGGAUCAAGAAAACAGAGAGUGGUUUGAAUCUUGCUUGCAGACUGUCGCUAACUUGAUUCAGACUUGUAAGGAUGAAUUGGAAGACGUAGCCGAAGAAUUGGCCAAAAUACUUCUUUACCUCGACGACAAGUUCUGCCUGGAUAGAUUUGUACCAUUGAGGCAGCAUGCGCUGGUUAUCUUGGCUGUAAAGAGUCCCAAGGUUGUCGCGACUUACCUGACAGAGCAGUUCUAUGGGAUUCACUUGAACAUCAGGCAGAGGCUGGACAUACUGGAGGUUCUCGCUCUGGCCAGCAACCAGCUUGCAUCACCGCCCGCAGCUGCUCGUCCAGUAGCCGAAAAAAGCGUUUCGACCAUGGCCAGCACGCAUUGGGACUCUGUCGUGACGGAGCGCUUAAAGGCCAAGACGCGAAUCAUCAGCAAGGGCGCCACGACCUUUGCGACACCCGCCGAGAAUCGCUUUUCCGACGUUGCCGGAUUCUUCUUCUACCCGUUGAUGAGAUACUACGACAGGAAGGAGAACACCUUUGACCUCCUCGGCGAGGACAGCUUCGUUCUGACGCGUCUCGUCUACACGCUCGGCAUUGUGCAAGACUCGGCCGCCAACUGUCCGAAGAGUGCCCACAUGGCCCACUGCCUGAUGGAGUUCUUGUCGGCCCUGAAGUACCAUGCAGAGGCCUGUGUUCGUGACGCGGUCCUCUUUGCACUGUCUGUGAUAUUCAUCACCGUUCCAGUCAGCUUGCUGCUGUCCAACGAUGAGCAGGAACUCGUUGAGAUCCGGGAGUGGCUUCAGUACGUCAUCGAGAGGGACCCUUUCGAUGUCUGCAAGCUAAAGGCAGCCCAAGUUCUUCAGCUGCUAUGUUCACAAGUGAACAAAGAGCUCCCGGUUCCAGAUAAAUAAUGUACAUAAUUUUAUUGC